UCGCGAGAGCAGCCGUGGCCCGGGAAGUGUUAGGAGCCUUAGGAGUUUGAGGGGUGGAUGUGCAGAUGCAUUAGCGAUACCCUGUGGGCUAUCGUUUGAGGGGACCGAGGUUCAGAUUGCCCGAGAGUUUUAAUGGCGCUAGGUCCUGCCUUCGCUCUGAGGAGGUCUCAUUCCCGAGAUCAGGUCUGACCCGGAUAAGCCUCAGAUACCUACAACUUUGAACCUAGAUGGAUUUGUUCCUCAGAAGCAAGAUCUUUUUGAACACAUGAUGAUAAACUCAUUUCAAAAUUAUUAGUUACACUGGAUAUGCUGCUGUUCUUUACUUUGGGAUUGAUCGUACAUUUUGUGUUCUUCGCCUCCAUCUUUGACAUUUACUUUACAUCUCCUUUGGUUCAUGGAAUGACUCCUCAGUUUACACCAUUGCCUCCUCCAGCAAGAAGAUUAGUGCUUUUUGUGGCUGAUGGCCUGCGAGCAGAUACACUUUAUGAAUUAGAUGAAAAUGGAAACUCAAGAGCGCCAUUCAUUAGGAAUAUCAUAAUGCAUGAAGGCAGCUGGGGUAUAUCUCAUACACAUGUGCCAACGGAAUCUCGGCCAGGGCAUGUAGCCCUGAUAGCUGGGUUUUAUGAAGAUGUCAGUGCAGUUGCCAAAGGGUGGAAGGAAAAUCCUGUAGAAUUUGAUUCUCUUUUUAAUGAAAGCAAGUACACAUGGAGCUGGGGAAGUCCAGAUAUCUUGCCUAUGUUUGCCAAAGGUGCUAGUGGAGACCAUGUUUAUACACAAAGUUAUGAUGCUCAAAGAGAGGAUUUUGGUGCCCAUGAUGCAACAAAACUGGAUACCUGGGUUUUUGAUAAUGUUAAGGAAUUCUUUCAUGCUGCCAGAAACAACCAGUCUUUGUUUGCUAAAAUAAAUGAAGAAAAAAUAGUUUUUUUCUUACAUUUAUUAGGAAUAGAUACAAAUGGACAUGCUCACCGACCAUCAUCAAGAGACUAUAAGGACAAUAUUAAAAUAGUUGAUAAUAGAGUGAAAGAAAUUGUGUCCAUGUUUAAACAUUUUUAUGGAAAUGAUGAAAAAACAACAUUUAUCUUUACCUCGGACCAUGGAAUGACAGACUGGGGUUCCCAUGGGGCUGGCCAUCCUUCAGAAACUUUAACUCCUUUGGUAACUUGGGGAGCUGGAAUUAAGUAUCCCCAAAAAGUAUCAGCUCAGCAAUUUGCUGAUGAGUUUUUGAAAGAAUGGGGACUGGAGAAAUGGAAGAGAAGAGAUGUUAAUCAGGCUGAUAUUGCACCAUUGAUGGCUUCUCUUAUUGGAGUUCCCUUUCCCCUUAACUCAGUGGGAACUCUUCCAGUGGAUUAUCUGAACAACACGGAUCUCUUUAAAGCAGAGAGCAUGUUUACAAAUGCAGUCCAGAUACUCGAACAGUUCAAGGUGAAAAUGAUUCAGAAAAAAGAAACUACUUUCCCAUUUUUGUUCACACCAUUUAAGUUGCUUUCUGAUUCUAAACAGAUGAACAUUUUAAGAAAAGCAAGAUCUUACAUAAAACAGGGCGAGUUUGAUGAAGCAAUCUCCCUUUGCAAGGAGCUGAUUCAUCUUGCAUUGAAAGGAUUGUCCUAUUAUCACACUUACGACAGAUUAUUUUUGGGCACCAGUGUUGUUAUUGGUUUUGUGGGAUGGACAACUUACGCUUCUUUGUUGAUCAUCAAGUCUCAUUCCAACUUAACAAGACGUGUUAGUAAAGAAGUUAAGAAACCAAGCCGUCUUCUGCCAUGUAUUUUUGUAGCUACUAGCAUUUUAGUAGUAUUUUUCCUGCUGAUUCAAGCCUGUCCCUGGACUUACUAUGUAUAUUGCUUGUUGCCAGUGCCAAUAUGGUAUGCAGUUCUACGAGAGUUUCAAGUUAUUCAAGAUCUUGUUGCAUCACUGUUGACCUUUCCUCUGAGCUGUUUUAUUUGUUAUCUGUUAGUCUUUAUUUUGGGAAUUGAAGUAUUGGUUCUCAGUUUUUUCUACCGCUGUAUGCUUACAGCUGGACUUACUGCAUUUGCGAUUUGGCCAUUUCUCACUCAGCUGUGGAUUCAAGCAAAGAUCACCUCCCUGAGUUGGACUUUCUUCUGUUUGCUCCUGGCAGUAUUCCCACUGAUGCCUGUCGUAGGUCGAGUGCCAGAUAUCUCUCUCGUAAUGGGUGCAGGCUUGCUGGUUCUUCUACUAUCUCUGUUUGUUAUGACAUCUCUCAUGAAAAGAAAAACUAGCUUUGGAAAGGAAGAGCUAUUGGUACAUCUGUUACAGAUGAUGAAUACAGUGCUUUCUAUGUAUAUUGUGUACAGUACCCAUAGUAGUCUACUCAAGAAACAAGGACUACCUCUUACAAAUCAAAUUCUGAGCUGGGCAACAUUAGCUUCUUCCUUGGUUGUGCCACUGCUGAGUUCUCCGGUUCUCUUUCAGCGGUUGUUUAGCAUACUUCUUUCCUUGAUGUCAACCUAUUUACUUCUAAGCACAGGGUAUGAAGCUUUCUUUCCAUUAGUGUUGUCAUGUUUGAUGUUUAUCUGGAUAUACAUGGAACAAGAAACCCUACAACAAUCUGGUGUUUCCUCUAAACAGAAGCUCACCAGUAUCCAUUUCUCCUAUAAUACUGAUAUAACUCAGUUUCGACAGCUGUAUCUGGAUGACAUCCGUAGAGCCUUUUUCCUUGUAUUCUUCUUAGUAACAGCAUUUUUUGGAACUGGAAACAUAGCUUCUAUUAACAGCUUUGAUCUUGCCUCUGUCUACUGCUUUCUGACUGUGUUUAGUCCUUUUAUGAUGGGAGCCCUGAUGAUGUGGAAGAUUUUAAUUCCUUUUGUUCUUGUGAUGUGUGCUUUCGAAGCAGUUCAGUUAACUUCAAAAUUAUCAUCAAAAAGCCUUUUUCUCAUUGUUCUCAUCAUAUCAGACAUUAUGGCCUUGCAAUUUUUCUUCUUGGUCAAGGAUUAUGGCAGCUGGCUUGAUAUUGGAACAAGCAUCAGCCACUAUGUGAUUGUAAUGUCCAUGGCCAUCUUCCUGGUGUUUCUCAAUGGUCUGGCACAGCUGCUCACAACUAAGAAGGUCAAACUAUGUGGCAGACCCAAAAGCCACCUCAUAUAAUGUUGCUGAAUUUGUCAACCAGCAUCUGGAUCCUGUUUAUCAUUCUCUUUAUAAACUAAAAUCUCAUCAAAGAUUCAAUAAGAAGAUGGAUAUGGAUGUAUAGGAUAUUCUACUUCUGUAAAAUAUUAUGUUUGGAAUUCUGGAUUUGCAGGUUAUCUUGGAUAAAGGAGCUACCUUUUUCUUUGAGGUUUUUUUUUUAUUUACUCUGUUGUAGUGAUUAUUUCUAUGGGAAAGCAUAGUAAAGCACUCUCCAUUUUCAUUCUUUUUCUUUAGCUGGCAGCUCUUCUCAGUGAUAUUCAAAGUUCCUGUAUCAAUGUGAUCAUGGUACAGCUUCCCAUAUACUCAAAGGAAAACAUCCAUCUAUGGGGAUAGUAUUGAUGGCAUCCAAAAUCAUUGCUGUGGUUGAAUUUAAAUGACAUCAUAACGUGGCACCAUAAGUAUUUAUCAGCUCUCAGCACUGAUUUUGUAGUAGUUCUAACUACUCAGUAAUAUCACUAAUAAGGCAGGGUAUAUUAUUUCACAUUUACUGAAGCUUCUGCAGAAAAAUGUUUGCAGUGUUUUUCAUUUUUCUUCAGAAUGCAGUAGCACUAUCUUAGGCUUCUUAAUGCUAUUUCCAGAGUUUUCAUAGUCAACUAGUUAGAUACAGGUUUAACCUUCACUCCUUCCUCCCCUCAUUUCUGUAUUAUAGAAUUUCAAGGGAUAAAAAAGUGAGCAAAAUGCUUAGUAUGUGUGUCUUGUCUAAACAAAAAGUUUUAGUUGUAGACUCACUAUCUGUUAUACUUAUAGGUUUUCUUCAUGUAUUGUUUCAAUAUGAUGCUCUGAAGCAGUGGUUAAAACUUCCUGACAUUAUCCUAAGAUUCAUGUUAAAAAUGCUACUCUUGGGCCGGGGAUUUAGCUCAGUGGCAUAGCACCUGCCUGGCAAGUGCAAGGUCCUGAGUUCAAUCCCAGGUACACAAAAAAAAUGCUACUCUUGUGGUUAUGAGAUUCUAGUCAUCAGCCUAAAGUCAUCUCAUUAAAUUUAGAUUUCCCUUUGUAAAUUAAGUCCAAUGGACUAAAUAUUUUAAGACUAACCUUUAUUUGGAAUAUCCAUACAGUGACCUUUACAUAUCACUGUAGAGGUGGCCUUUUGCCCAUGGUAUGCCAGAAGUGUUUGGCUGAUGCUAAGCUUUGCUGGUAUGUAUCCCAUUUUUUAAAAAAAUUUGCUUUUGAAUUAAGUUAUAGCAUUACUAAUUUGCACUAAUGACUAGAAAGCCCUCUACAGAUUAGAUUACUAGAUAUUUCAAAUUUGCAAGUGAUUAAAUAAAUACAAUUUAGAAGAUCAAAAUGCAGUUUGGCAAAAUAUAUUUUCUUAAUUUUUAUUUAUGAUGAUCUAUAGUUUUAAUAUAUUUGUGAUAAUACUUCAUAUACAGCAGUGAAAGCAUUCUGGUAUGUUAAAAGAGAACUACUUAUGUUAACAUAAGACCUCAUGAUUCAGUCUAUAAUAUAAAAUCUAGGUAGACAAUUAAGAGGCUACUGUGUUGGCAGAAAGAGAAUCCAUGAGCUUUCAUAUAAUCUUGUGAUUUUUCAUCAGUUUUUCCACAUAUCAGAGAAGCCUGAUUACUAUAUAAAAAAAUUAUCACUUAACUCUUUAUAUCUAAUUUUGCCUUUUGUCUUUCCCUAGAUUUUUAUGCAAAGUAAUUGAUGGAUAUUUUAUUACAGUGUUGUAAGAGGUGCUCAGUGCCUUAUGUUUAUUGAGUUCUUCAGAGCAUUUUUAUUUUUUCCUUUUUUUCCUCUUAAUGCUACCUUUUGGGUUCAUUGUGAGUUUACAGAACUAGAAAGUGCUCCUGCAGCCAUGCACUUUAUGCAGGCCCCCACACUCACAUUCACUUAGGAAUGGGCCUUUUCUAUUCUAUAGUUUCUCAACAAUCUUAAUGUGUUUUGAAGCAUGUAUUUUUAUAUUGAAUAACAGAAAAAAGAAAUGAGAUUUAGGCAAAAUAUAUUUUUUUCCAUCCUAUAUAUACCAUACUAGAUUUCUUUUAUGAAUCAAAAUUUUAGACAUUUGCUAAUUUUUUUUUUUCAGGUCCUGGGAAUCAAACUUAGGACCUUGUGCUUGCCAGGCAGGUGCAGCGCCACUGAGUCACAUUCCCCACCGAACAUUUGCUAAUUAACAUUGUUUAAGUUAAGAAUUUCUAUAAGAAUUAAAGUGAGCAUAUCAAAUUGAGAAAGUACUGAACUACAGAACAGGCAUGCUGUGUCAUAUGCACUAUGAAUAAAUUUGGGGGAAACAUUAAGGCUUUAGGAAAUGAACUUCAGCCUGUCCAUAAUUUACUCAUAAAAUAAUUCUUAUUAUUAUAUUAGUGUGCAAUACUGAGAACACAAAAAGCUUUUUUUAAGUUUGUCAGAAAAUGUUAUAAGUGGUAGUGUAAUUUUAAAAUAAUGUCCUCAAAAUUAUUUAUUAAUGAGGCCACUUGAUAAAACCAUGUUUCCCCAAAAGAAGGAAGUAACUGGAAAAUAAGCGCUAGUUGUUACUGUGAUGAUGGCCAGUGUCAUGCAGAAAAUUAUACCUCAGGACUCUCUUGCUGAGUGGCUAUGCUAUAAUGGCAGAUAAGACAAGGUGCUGACAUUUUUGAUCUCCAGUUUUCAAGGUUGAUUAUUUUUUGGAUAAGUCUUAUUUUCAGGGAAACAGAAGUAUUCAUUUAGUUAUAAUAUUAUUUCUCAUUAAAAACUCAUUCCAAAUUUUGGCCAGUUCAGACAUUAGGAACAUGUAUGUCAAGUCCCCUCCUGCACUAUCAUCUUUAUACAGUACACUUGUUGGGAGGGGGUUUGUGGUUGGUUUUUUGAGACAGGGUCUUGCUGUGUAGCCCAGGCUGACCUUGACCUCAGUAUGUAGUCCAGGUUGGCCUCGAACUUGGCAUGAUCCUCCUGCCUCAGCCUCCCCUGGGAUUACAGGUAUGCACCACCAUACUUGGCCAGUACGCUGUUUUAGUAGACUAAAGACUCUUUUGCUCCUCCUUUUGACAUAUUACUUUGCUAUUCAAAGUAUGAUUUCUAAUGACAGAGGAAUGAAGAGGAUUGCAUAGUAUAGUCUCUAGAGACAGGCAGGAGCUGCUGUGGGGAAGCAGAGGAGCUCCAUCUACACAUUAGGUGUCAUCAUUUCAGGGGGCUGAAGACAAUGACACUAAAUCAACUUGCUCAUUUGGAAAGGACCAUUUUAGACUAGUUAUGUAGACUCCUUUAAAAGACCAGAGAUAGCUUGUUAAUUUCUCUCCUUUUCUAUGUCGACAGUCCCCUCAUCCUCUUUAAAAUGUUCUAAAGCAUUGUGAUUGUUAUACUCAGUACUCUCAAUACUAUGGUAAUGUCAUUGUAGCAUUUUGCUAUUUAUGCAUUAGCAUGAUUUAUAAAAUAAUGAAAGGACGGGUUUUUAUACUUAAUAUUCAUUCUAUAAUGAAAUAAAAGCAUUUUGAGA